GUGGCGUUUAUUAAAAAUGGCGUCCAUGACGUCAUUCUUGGCUCCAUAAUCGUUACGAAAAGUAGGGACCGGGACCGCCGCACCCAAGACUCGAAUUCGAGAGGGAUAAUCCGCGAAAAACGCUAAGAAAACCCCUUCGAAAUUGUCCCUGAGUUGUGCCGGUUUGGUCUAUGAGCCAUCUAGUGUAAAAUAAUUAAUGAGUAGUGUGCGGGAUAACGAAAAACUGUAUGCAUAUCCCCCAAUGUAUUCGUGAUUCUGUGAGCUCCGUAGGAUAGUCGAACGAAAGCCAGAAAAAAGGAGAUUGAGGCUGGAAUUUGGUUUUUUGUUCAUAGAGGCCCCAAAGCAGCAUGAACGAACUGGAUAGUUUGAGACAAGAAGCUGAGACACUGAAAAAUGCCAUCCGGGAUGCCAGGAAAGCGGCGGCAGAUACUAAUCUGGCGGCCGCCACAGCCACCCUAGAGCCCAUAGGAAGAGUACAAAUGCGUACUCGCCGCACCCUCAGGGGUCACUUGGCCAAAAUUUAUGCCAUGCACUGGGGUUCAGAUAGCCGAAAUCUGGUCUCAGCCUCUCAGGAUGGCAAGCUCAUUGUAUGGGAUAGUCACACCACUAAUAAGGUUCAUGCCAUACCUCUUAGAUCUUCAUGGGUAAUGACCUGCGCCUAUGCGCCCUCAGGAUCUUAUGUAGCAUGUGGAGGAUUAGAUAACAUAUGCUCUAUUUAUAGUUUAAAAACUAGAGAAGGAAACGUACGAGUAAGCCGGGAGUUACCUGGCCAUACAGGAUACUUGUCUUGCUGUCGGUUUCUUGACGAUAACCAGAUUGUAACCAGUUCAGGGGACAUGUCCUGUGCUCUGUGGGAUAUAGAGACUGGUCAGCAAGUAACUAGUUUUCUAGGACACACUGGAGAUGUUAUGUCUCUAUCACUCGCUCCGGACAUGCGAACUUUUGUCUCAGGUGCUUGCGAUGCCUCUGCAAAACUCUGGGAUAUAAGAGAAGGUGUUUGCAAGCAAACGUUUCCAGGACACGAAUCGGACAUAAAUGCUGUUACAUUCUUCCCGAAUGGAUUUGCUUUUGCGACAGGUAGCGACGACGCUACGUGCCGUUUAUUUGACAUUAGAGCGGAUCAAGAGUUGGCAAUGUAUAGUCACGAUAAUAUCAUCUGUGGCAUCACCAGCGUAGCUUUCAGUAAAUCUGGUAGAUUACUAUUGGCAGGAUACGAUGACUUCAAUUGCAACGUAUGGGAUUCAAUGAAAACCGAAAGAGCCGGAAUUCUGGCUGGACAUGAUAACAGAGUAAGUUGUCUGGGUGUGACAGAAAAUGGAAUGGCCGUAGGUACGGGUUCUUGGGACAGUUUCCUGCGCAUCUGGAACUAAAAAGAGUGUGCAUAACACCUAAGCCAAAAUUUCCGUUAAAAUCUCACCUACAUCACGCAGUGAUUGUUUUUGUUUUUCACACGUUAUUACUUCAUUCUUUCAUCAUUCACUAAACUUAGGCGAUUUUUCAGUACCGAACACAGGAUCAUUGUUGCCAUGUUAUUCAUAAAAGAAUGUGCAUUUUUAUUAUUGGAACUUUGAACUUGUAAUUUAUAUAUAUAUUUUUUAUUUAUAGUGUAUGUGUACAAAUACCGUUUCCACUUUUCUGUUUCCUUUUUUAUCACCGGCUUUAUACUAUAUCUACAUUAUUUUUUAGACAAACAAGUUUCAGCUUUGUUAUACUAUGCUAGUUGUAAGAUUAAGUUAUGAUGUUUGUGAUUAUUUCCAAAAAGUUUAUAGGCCUGUAUGUGUGUAUGUAUAUUUAGUGACUUAUUUAUUUAAUUGUUAACGUGUCAACUGAAUAAAAAUAGUUCAAUAUUUAGAUGUAUUGUUUUGGUUUAUUUGAGUUCAACUAAAACAAAUCACUUAUAAGUGUUGUAGGUGAGAAUGGAACAAGUUUUUAUUCAGAUCAGUGUAAUCAUAAAUAACUCAUAAGAUUCAAGAACGUGAAGAAAAAGGAGCUUGAGGAAUUUGUCGAAAUCCAACUUGUAUAGCUGGGAUUGUGAGUAGACAAACAUUGAUUAUCACUUUGUAUGUAUCAAAAAUAUGACGAGUUAUAGAAGUUGAUAUUCACAUCUCUCUGUGCAAAUAUAUAUAAAAAGAUUUUUGUUAAGGAUAGUACAAAAAAUCUUAGGCAUCUAAAAAAGACCAAAUAGUUAAUACUAUAACUGAACACUUCAACGUUGCUUUCUGAAAAUCUGAAUAAAAAGUCAUCGUGUUUCCCGUUUCCCUUACUCUUAACAGAUAGCUCAAAAUUCCAAAGUUUGAGAUUUGUCUGUCUGCUAAGAACAAGAUAGCUAGUCAUAUAAAUAACCAGAAGGGUUAUUUUGGUGCCAUAAAUGGUGGGAUUUUUCGCGUGCAAAAAGAAAGUAAAUGUAACGAAAUUUUCAAGCCAGCUACUAUGAUAUUGGUUUCAUAGUCAAUUGAAGGUUGUUUAUGAUUCCGUUAUAGUUUACUUCUUAUUUUUGUACAAUCCCAACGGUAUCAGUCUUGACCAACAAAAUCUACACUAUUGGCAAAAGAAGGAAAAUACUGCCGCGCCAUUUUUAAAAAAUGGUGUCUUUGCAAAGUUACACUUAACUAUAAGCUUUAUAUUUUUGUUCAGUUUAACUCCUUUGUUAUCAAGUUUUUUGUUACAUUUUUUCAAAAAUCACUAUGAUCAGUGAUCAUUUAAGUAUGUUAGGUAGAAAUAUUGGUUCUGAGAACACAUCUUGCAGUAAAAACUUUGUAAAAUUAAGUAUUAAUAUCUUGUUUUAAAUUUACUAAAUAAUUAAUAAAAUCGGAAAACUUUCAAAUAGUACACUCAACGAUUUGGAAAAACGCCCGGUUUUUUACCAAUUUCUUCUAUUUUUUAUUUCUUGAUCAACAAGAUAAUAAUAUUCAAUUGUUUUGAUUAUUACUUGUUUUUUAAAUUUUGUUUUACCUAGCAGAAUAAUCGUGAAUAAUAAAAAUGCACUUGCAGGGCAUAAAUCCGAAAUGAAUUAUUUACUAAAAACCGAGAAAUAUUUGCCUUCUUUAAUAUUGCAAUAAUCAUUAGGUAGAAGUCAAAGGUUUUACUGCAUGGAACCGAAAUUUUAUUAAUUUGAUUUCUUUGAAAGCUUACGUAGAUAACAAUAUAGUAAUAAAACUAUUUACUAUUGAAGCUUUUUGCUUGACCUGUAAAAAUGUUUUGCGUAAACAAUUAAGUGUGAAGAACGGUUUAAUUUUGAACACAUAACUUAUCCUAAGAGCCACGUAUUCUGACUUAUUUCGGUGCGUUUUUUCGUUAACUUCACGAUCUCUAUUUUAUGGAAAUUAUAUUGUUAAGGGACAGUUAGCCAAUUUAAUACAAAACCAUCUGAAACACUAAUAAAUAAAAAUAAUCGUCGUCUGACCCAAUUUCCGAAAAUGGAUCUUCGUGCUUAAUAUAAGUGUAUAAUUUUUUUUUAAGAAAUUAUUUAUUAAUCUAGUUACGUAAGACAAAGUAUGUACUGUAUAUAUGAAAAGCCGCCAGGGUUGCAAAAUGGUCGGGUUUUUACAUUCUUUGGGAUAGGAAAGUCAAAUUUUCGGGGAUGGUUUUAAAUGAAUUUCAUUCCUGUUGGGUUUUUUCGUUUUGGGUUUCUGUUUAAAGGAGAAAAUUCAACUUACUAGGACUGAAAUUCUUUGGGCUCAAAAACUGCCUCGAAACUUGUGUCGUACCUUUAUAAAAUGGUUGGACCUAGUUUUUGUUUUACAUCAUUGUCGUUUUACAUAAACAAUAAUAAAUUUAAAUGAAGCAUUUGCUGAAAAAUGAGAAGUUACCUGUGCAAAGGUGACUAUCCCAAUGUAUAUAAAAACCUUUUAUAUCAAAAAUCGUUUUGCCAUCUCAACAAACUAAUUCUGAACCGAUUGGUUUUUUGGGAUAGAGCACCCUCAUAGGCUUUGUGAAUGUGUUUUUUAUAACGUUAGGAACAAUUGUCACAAAUAUAACUACUCUAUACAUCUGACGAAACUGAACGCUCUUUUUGAAUUUUGGGCACAAAUAAUGCAUGUAGCUGUCUUCAUUUUUAUGACCCGCUUGUUUUUGUAUUAUAGGAUCUUUCGCGAGAACCCCGUAUAAAACGUUGUCGAUCGGACCUUGUAUAUUUUAUAAGGCCUCAUAAAAUCAAUUAAAUUGUUUUAUUGGAUUACCAAAUGGAAUGUACAGCUGAUAUGUUGCUUAAGCAUUGAAUGGAUCAUUUAUAUUGCAUUAAAUGAUGAAUUCAUUGCUUAUGUAAUUACGAUACAUUUUAUUCGAAAUGUAACGUAAUGCAUGAUGAACGCAUUUUUUAAUUAACACAUACAGGUGAAGCGUUGAAGGUGAAUAUCGAGAAAUACGUUUUUACGAUUUUUCAAUGACCAAGCUUCUACGUUCAUUCAAUACAUAAAAUACCUCCUAAAACAUGGUAAACUCUGAACCAAAGCGUUUGAAUAACAGACAGGCCCGAUUAAUUUCCGAAUAUAAUCUGAGUCUUUCUGUUUUCAAACGCUCCUUUUUGUUAUUUUUGCUAUUGUACUUGUUUACCUAAGGUUAAGGCGAAAUUGCGGUAUUUUAAAAUGCUCGGAAGGCAUGUUGAAAUAUGGCAAUUAUUUUUCAAAAGAAAAAACGUAGAAUUUAGUCAUAUUGUCUUUUUUUAUUGUUACUGAUUAAAAAGGGAUGCAGUAAAUUGAGAAUGUCGUAUGAUAUAGCAUAUAUGUAAUAAUGUAAUGUAAAACUACAAAUAAAAUAAAUAAAAAGUG